CAACAACAACAACAAUACCGCGCCAACUUUAAUCCAUAUAGACUAAGCUCCAGGUCUCGCAUCAGUAUAAGAGCACCUGUCUCCUAUUCCUUUCCCCUUCUCACUCACUUUUUCACCUUUCAUUCUCCUCUCCCAUCAGCAUCUGCUCUCUAACGCACUCUCACCUUCAACCAUGAUCUCUGCGGACGAAAUUCUCUCCAUCAUCACAGCGGUGUUCUAUCUCGGACUCCUCAUCCACUUCGCGAUCCGCUUCGCACGUUCGCGCUGGUGGAUCUACUUCUUCAUCGGUCUCUUCUGCGCAAUCCGCAUCGUCGCCUACGUAAUCCGAGCCUAUGUCGAAUCGGAUGCGGUCACCUAUGGCUCCAGCAAAUGGAUAUCCCUCUACAUCACCGAGACGACCCUUCUCUCUAUCGGCGUGAUCUUCAUCCUCCUUAUCCUGGCCCGUCUCUAUGCCUCGAUCCUUCCAAAACUUCGCCACGUCGCCGGACACUCUCGCGGAAAAUUUGAAGCGACUCUCGUGCUUCGCACACGACUCUUCCUCCUCCCAAUCAUUGCCUGCGUCAUUGCCGGAGCUGUACUGGCUUCGCCCGAUUAUACGGAAUCUCAACAGAAUACUGGAUUAAUCCUACGAAAAGUCGCGGUGUUGGGUCUGAUGGCCGUGGCCUUGAUUUUCUUGUACGCGGCCUGGAACUAUCGUCAGCGGUAUCCGGAAAACAAGCGUGCAUUCGAGCUCUGCUUGGUGGUUACGGGCCUAUUCGUGGUCUCGUUGAUCUAUAAGAUCGUGUAUACGUUCCGAACGAGUGCCCUGACCACGACUUGGGCAUAUUUCGUGUUCUCGCCCUUAUUGGAGUUGGCGGCCUUGGUGGUUCUGUCGGUAGAUCUUCAGAUGUAUUUCUUGGGACGGAAGGAGGAUAAGCUUCCGAAGGAAGAAUUGCAUGAUCUUGCAUAAACACAUACCAGCACUUUCCAUAGCUCUCCAGUCAAACAAUAUAUAUCAAAUAAAGUGAGAUUGGUAAAUCUGAG